UUUUUUUUUUUGCUGUAAACUAUUUUAAUUUAUUCAAAUAUCAAUACAUAUUUAUAUCGCUUACAUAAUAAUAUAGUUUCCUAUGUCUGGCCAAAGACAACAACUAUCCAAUUUUGACGAUCUUGCAGACAUUGAUAAUGCUACAGAAGAAAUACUCGCUACGACACUUCGUGAUCGAUUUUUAAAAGAUCAAAUAUAUACUCGAGUUCGAAAUUCAUUAUUCGUUGUUAUCAAUCCAUAUAAGGAUGCUCGUGAAACCAUUCAAGAAACAAGUGAAUGCUAUUUGGCUGAAUAUAAAGCAACAGAUCACAAUAAAGACCACUCAUUACCAGUACAUAUUUUUCAAUAUAUCAAUCAGAUUUAUUUUCAUAUGCGUCGUACCGGAAGUGAUCAAUCUAUCAUAUUUAGUGGCUUAUGUGGAAGUGGAAAAUCUGAAAUGCAUCAAUGGACAUUAUAUCAUCUUAUCACCCUAAGUAAUCCUAAAAAGCCAUCCAAGACUCAAGAGCUUAUUCAAAAAGUAUAUGGUAUCUUGGAAGCUUUUGGACAUGCCAAAACAACUUUUAAUGAAAAUGCUUCAUGCUUUGGAAAAUAUCUUGAACUUCAGUUUAAUGAGCGAGGUCGUAUGAUUGGGGCAAAAUUUCUUGAUUAUAUGCUUGAAAAAUCGCGCAUUGCUCAUACAUCUGGAGAGGAACGAAAUUUUCAUGUUUUCUAUUAUCUCUUACAUGGUUCUUCUCCCGAAGAAAAGUCUGCACUUCAUCUGAAUAAUUCAUCAUUAUAUUCAUACUUAUUUAAAUCGAGAGAGGCAGCAAGAUUAACUGCUGGUCUUAUCAGUGAGGAUGCUGAAAAAUAUAGGGAGCUUAAACAACUUUUAAAAUCUUUAGGGAUAAACAAGUCAAAGCUAUUUCAAGUAAUGCAAAUCCUUGCUGCUAUUUUACAUUUAGGCAAUUUACAAUUUAUAGACGAUCCUACUAACGCACAGGAUUCGGCUAUCGUUAAGAAUACGCUUGAACUAGAGAUGACUGCAGAGUUAUUAGGCGUUGAACCAAGGGCCCUCGAGACGUGUCUUAGCUACCAAACAAAACUCAUUAAACGUGAUUUAACAACUAUUUUCCUUAAUGCAGAACAAGCUGCAAAUCAACGUGAUGCACUUGCUGAGACACUCUAUUCCCUACUUUUCUCCUGGUUGAUCGAGAUUGUCAAUAAAAAAUUAUAUAAAUCCGAAUUUCAUAAUUUUAUAUGCAUCGUUGAUUUCCCAGGUGUAAGCCCGACUAAUUCAAAUGCAUCUUAUGAACAAUUUCGUUCACUCUAUAUGAAUGAAAAAUUGCAUCAUUUUAUGCUUCAACAGCUCUCGGAGAGGAAUACGGAUGUUUAUUCUUUACUAGGGAUAACGCCAAAUGACUUGUCAAGUACCAUCUAUAACGAUUCCUGUAUACAGCUCUUUGAUGAUCCUCAUCAUGGCUUGUUAGCAUCCUUGUGCAAGUCAUCUGCUACAGCAGAGAGUAGCCCUGAGCGCUGCUUAGAUGAUUUUAAACAACAUUAUCGUAAAGAUCCAGUUUUGGGUUUAAAACCUAUAUCAUCCAAUGAUACAUCUUUUACUAUUCAGCAUUUUACAGGAACAGUAACUUAUUCUACUCUUGAAUUUGGUAUACGCACGAGGGAGAUAAUCUGUGCUGAUUUUAUAUCUUUAUUCAAUCCACAAGAUCACAAUAGUCCAUACGAUCUUCCAACUAAUAAGCUGGUCACUAAAUUAUUUUCUCGAAGAUUGACUUUGGCCCAAGAACAUCCUAAUGGCAUUGACAGUGUAGCAGGUCAACAACUUGAAACACCCCAUCGACCAUCAUCCUCUAUGAAUCAAAAAUCAGCAGAACAUAUUGUAAAUGUAAAGACAACUGGAGAGACAGUUAUAUUAACCGAGAGGCCCCUUUCACUUAAAACGAACGUAAACAGAGCGAAUGAAUUAAAAGAGGGCGUUCAAGGCAUCAUGUUGACUUUACAUUCCACAAAAUCAUGGUCUAUUCUCUGUCUUCGUUCAAAUGAUUUAUUAUUGCCCAAUUCAUGUGAUCAUAAGAAACUUGUAGCCCAGAUAAAGACAUUUCAAUUAUUACCAUUCGUAUUGAAAGCAAAACAUGAGUAUUCAAUUCAACUUGAUUUACAAGAAUUUUGCGAACGAUAUGCUGAUUUGAUUUAUGCUACUUCAGUUGACUUGGAUGCAGAAUCUGUAGAUAAAUUGCUUGCAUUGAAAGAAGCUUUCCAAUGGAAUGAAAAAAUGAUAUUACACGAUACUCUGAAGGUUUAUUUAACAGAAACAUCAUGGACAUUUUUAGAAAACAAAUUGCGUUUUAAUGAAAAACGAGAGCAACGAAUAGCAAGAUGUAUUGCCAAGGGAAUACCAUAUGAGGAUGUAAUUGAUACGAUGAGUCAAACAUGCUCACAAUUUAUUCCUCAUUCCUGUAGAUCGAUAACGGAGACAAACUCUAUUUAUUCAGAGGAACUCUUUGACAGCUAUCAUGAUGAAGAGUCGAAUUCCACCUGUACUCAUAUUUGCAAUAGUGUACUUGACACAACAGCUAUAAAUAAUGUAAAUAAUAAUGAUCAAAAAAAUGACAAUAGUCUACAUACAACAACCUCGAGUAGUAAAAAGAAGCAGAAAAGGAAAAGGAAGAGUAAAUCAAGAAAUUGUUGGCUUACGCUAACAUGGAUGACAACAUGGUGGAUACCAAGUUUUAUUAUGAGUUAUAUAUGUGGUAUGCGACGAUCAGAUAUACGCAUGGCUUGGCGAGAGAAAGUGACACUUUGUCUCCUCAUCUUUUUAUUAUGUGCCAUCAUGGUUUGGUUUAUUGCUUUCUUUGGUCGCCUCGUAUGCCCUCAUCAAGACCUUUAUACGCAAUCUGAAUUACAAGCAAGAAGUUAUCGAGACGAUGCUUAUGUAGCUAUUCGUGGGGAAGUCUUUGAUCUAACAUCAUUUGCGCCUCGUCAUUGGGCCUCUGAAGUAAUAUCUACACAAGUUUUGUUUCAAUACGCAGGGCAGGACGCAAGUGAUCUCUUCCCAGUUCAAGUCUCUGCAGUUUGUGAUGGAGUCAACGGCGUUGUACCCAAGGAAGUGACGCUAGAGGCCUAUAUUAAUAUUACAGAUUCAAAUGCAAUCUAUCAUGAUUUUAGAAGUUUCCAAGAUGAUUAUCGUCCGGAUUGGUAUUUUGAACAGAUGGUCUACCUGAGACGCAACUAUCGCAUUGGCUUUAUGGGGUAUGAUCCUGAAGAUAUUAAAAAUCAAGCUACCUUCCCUGUACAGAUUGGUGGGAUUAAUACAAAGAGACAAUGGGCUAUUAUUCACAAGAACGUAUAUGAUUUAACCUCUUACAUGCUGGGUCAUCGUACACCUCGUGUCCCUGAGGGCCAACAGGUACCGACGGAUAUCGAUGUCGACUUUAUGGAUAAUUCAAUUACAGAGUUAUUUAGACAAUUAGCAGGUACAGAUAUUUCCGCUCAUUUUGAUGCCCUACCAUUAGAUAGAGUCGUAAGAGAACGUCAAAUGACUUGUCUACGUAAUCUCUUUUUCGUUGGUAAAGUCGAUACGCGUAACUCAUUCCAAUGUCUCCUGUCUGAGUAUCUAUUGUUGUUAAUCACCGGAUUUCUUUGUAGCGUCAUCCUGUUCAAGUUUUUAGCAGCACUUAGGUUAGGUACACAGGUUACAACUGAAGAAUAUGAUAAAUUCAUUAUCUGUCAGGUACCCUGUUAUACUGAGAGUGAGGAUUCACUAAGGAAGACGAUUAAUUCAUUAGCUGUGAUGCGUUAUGACGACAGGCGAAAAUUACUUUUUUUAAUUGCAGACGGUAUGAUAGUGGGUAGCGGGAAUGAUCGAUCUACGCCCCGCAUUGUUUUAGAUAUCUUGGGUGUUGAUUCAAACGUGGACCCUGCGCCCAAAUCCUUUCUAUCACUAGGAGAGGGACGUAAACAACAUAAUAUGGGUAAGAUAUACUCCGGUCUAUAUGAAUACUCUGGACAUGUAGUGCCCUUCAUCGUUGUCGUUAAAGUAGGCACACCAGAGGAAAGACAAAAGCCAGGAAAUCGGGGUAAACGAGAUUCACAAAUGGUUCUGAUGCGAUUCUUGAACAAAGUUCAUUUUGAUACCCCCAUGACCCCAGUAGAGCUUGAACUCCAUCAUCAGUUAAAGAAUAUCAUUGGAGUUAAUCCUAGUUUCUAUGAGUUUGUAUUGAUGGUGGAUGCAGAUACAGAGGUACUCCCGGAUUCGCUGAACCGAAUGGUAUCCUGCUUUGUGAAUGAUGCCAAGAUAGUAGGCUUAUGUGGUGAAACAAUGUUGUCGAAUGAAAAAGAUACAUGGGUUACUAUGAUACAAGUAUAUGAGUACUACAUCUCUCAUCAUUUAGCAAAGGCCUUUGAGUCCUUAUUUGGAUCAGUCACUUGUUUACCAGGAUGUUUCUGUAUGUAUCGAAUUCGCUCAACGACACGUAAUCAACCUUUACUGAUUUCAAACCAAGUUAUUAAAGAUUACGCAGAGAACCAUGUUGAUACGUUACACAAAAAAAAUCUCUUGCACCUUGGUGAAGAUAGAUAUCUGACGACACUCAUCUUGAAGCAUUUCCCAAACUAUAAGACAAAAUUCACACCCGAUGCAGGCUGUAUGACGAAUGCACCAGAUCAAUGGCCCGUAUUGUUAUCUCAACGUCGAAGAUGGAUUAAUUCUACUGUUCAUAAUCUGGGUGAAUUAAUGUUCUUACCUCAAUUAUGUGGCUUUUGCUUGUAUAUCAACUUUGUACAAACACAAAUCAAGUUCCUUUAAUGUCUAUCAUCACUUUGGCUGGUGUAUAUGGUCUUCAAGCUGUCAUUUUUAUUUUACGUCGAAAAGUAAACCAAAAAAAAAAAAAAAAAGAAAAAAAAAA